AUGUGCUGGCAUGACAAAGCCAAUCCCAAACAAAUCGUCCCUACCUAUUAUUUUUUUGUUGUGGAGCUUGAAUUCCCCAUGACCCCCACUUGCCCUCUCUCCGCUCAUCCAUCUCGUAUAACACGUGAAGGGGUGGAAAAGUGGAAACUCAUGGAGCCAAUUGGCAACUCUUGUGAGUCUUCAUUUCCCAAAGAUGAAAAAAUUGAAACUGCGGAUCUUCUGGAGGAGUGCUGGUUCUUUGAUAACUUGUUGAAGAUAACACCAAGGAUGACAAGGUGUCACUCUGAUCCUUACCCUUCCACUAGCCUAAUCAGCCCCCCAGAUUUUUUGUUGAAGGACUCUGAUUUGUCCUCAUACUCAUCACCAAGUAACCCACCAAACAAUGGUGCUUUUGUUAAUCCUAAGAAGAUUCAGAGAGCACCAUCCAUGCCACCAUUGAGAUUGAGAGAAGAAGAAGAAGAAGAAGGCCAAAAGGGAAGCAGUUCUACUAGAAGCGAAUUGGUGCACCAACCAAUAGAUCCUGUGGUGUCUCAUUCAGCCAGUAUACCUCGUAGUGCACAGAUGAAAGGACAUCAUAACAGUGAUUGUAGUAGAAUGAAAAGCAAACUGCUGAGAACACCAUCUUUGCCUCCAUCCAUAGGGAGAGAGGAAAAGUUCCUAGUAAAUGAUACUAGAACUGGAAGAUCCCGAAAGCAACCAUCAACACCUACCCAUAUUGAUAUCUUGCCCCCUAGACAAACCUCAAAGACUUGUAGCAUUCCAAGAUGUAGAUCAACGAGAAAGACUGAGGUUGAAAGCUUCAACACAGAUGGCAUUAUGGAGAUGAGGCGGAGGUACCUGAAUCAGAAAACGAUGAGGAGAAGCCUAAGUGAUCUUGAAUAUGAAGAGGUUCAGGGGUUCAAGGAUUUGGGAUUCUCAUUUGAGAAAGAAACCUUAAGUCCAAGCUUAGCUAACAUACUACCUGGUUUGCAAGAGAAAAAAAGAGAUGAGACAGAAGAAGAUAAGGCCGCAAGGAGACCAUACUUAUCAGAGGCAUGGUUGGCGCAAAGUUGUGCUCCUCCUAUUCCAAAUUGGGCUUCUCGUAAGUCUGCAGGUGACAUGAAACAGCAGAUCAAGUUUUGGGCUAGAGCAGUGGCUUCAAACGUCCACCAGGAAUGCUGA